GGUGCGCGCUCCGCGGCAUGGCGGGCGCUUCGGCCCGGGGCCCGCUGCCCUGCCUGCUGUUCCGGCUGCUGCCGCUCCUGCUGCUGCCUGCCGCCAGCGCCGAGCCCGAGCUGCGCUUCAAGCCGCCUGCUGAGGCCCCCGUUCGGCUCUUCACCGAGCCCGAGCUGGCCAGAUACGACGGGCACCAGGAAGGACAGCCCAUCUACCUGGCGGUGAAGGGAGUAGUGUUUGAUGUCACCUCUGGAAAAGAAUUUUACGGAAAAGGAGCCCCAUACAAUGCUUUGGUUGGAAAAGACUCAACAAGAGGAGUUGCAAAGAUGUCUCUGGAUCCAGCAGAUCUUACACAUGACACAACAGGACUCACAGAGGAGGAACUGAAGUCCCUGGAUGACAUCUUCAAUAAUGUUUACAAAGCCAAAUAUCCAAUUGUUGGCUAUACUUCUCGGCGAAUUCUGAAUGAGGAUGGCAGCCCCAAUCUGGACUUUAAGCCUGAAGAUCAGCCACAUUUCAGCAUUAAAGAUGAGUUUUGAGGAACAUUUUGUAUUUAGAGAAUGCUUGGGGAGAGGCACAAUAGAAUAUUAAAUUAAUUCCCUGUGUUGUGGAGUUCAUUACUACAGUUAGUUGUCACGAGUCAGUUCUCUGCUCAGAAAAUAUGUGUGUGUAUACACAUAGCAUAAAGGAAACAAACAGAUCUGUAGUAGUGUCAUACACCUGGGCUGAUUGCUGGGAAUUAUGGGAAUUAUUUAACCUGCAAGUUCUUUCUGCCAGGGUUUCUCUGUUAAGAAGUGUAUAAUGUAAAAUUACAUUCCUUAGAAGAGAGAAGAAAGCUUUUAAUAGUUGAAACAUGACUGGUAGUUUUGUAAAUCCCAGGUUGUUUCCCACUCCUUGGAAAAGUGUAAAUGAAUUAUUUGGACAAGCUAACAUCAAUUCUCUGUGCUUCAUGUGAAUGUAGGUAUCAUGAGUACAGACAGGUGCAAUAGAAGCUUACAUUUGAAAAAGCAUUCUGGGGUUUAAUAUUUGAUGGGUUUUGAGAAUACUGGAUAUAAAAGCUCUCAGUCUCUUCAAAUGCAGUUACUGUGAAGUAUUUCUGCAAAGCCUAGAGCUGUAAACUGAGAAAAAUAAAUAUUUUUCCCUUAUGAGGACUACUGUGACAUUUCAAAUAAGACUAUUAUGUUAGGUUUGGAUAAAGGACACUUUACUUUUUAACAAUAAUUACCAAAGAUGUCAUCUAUAUUAGGUUAUGGUGAUUUCCUUCUACCUUCCUCCAAUCUUUCUCUGACAAAAAGAGGAAAUUGUAGCCCACAGUUUGCGACAUACUCUUACAGUCUGAGUUUAUUAUGGCUGUUUAGUGUCCUGUGGAUGUUGUUAGCAUAUUUGUAUUAACAUUUUCAGCUCUCUUUUUUUUUGUCUCUUAGUUUUUCUUUGUUCUUACCCUGGCUUCAUCACUGCUGCUUUAAUGAAGUGUGCAAUGCCAUUUUCCUCCUCCUCUUAACCUGAGGCAAAACUGCAGGUCCUGCAGGGUGAAAGCAGACCUCUUUAUGGCAUUUUCCUGGCAGUCUUUCAGCAAAAAGAAGACUGGAAAAGCCUGAGCUGUAUAAGUUGCUGCUAAUCCCAGACUUUCACUAACUUAAGUAGAAUGUGAAUUGUCCCAUACGUGGAUUUAUCUGUCACCAUUUUGAUUGCUAUGGGAAAAACAAAGCAGCUGCUUCUAAUUCUGUAUUAAUAAUACAGAUAUAAUAAAAAUAUGAUUGUGUAUUAUUGUUCAAUUUCUUAAGCAUUUUGGUAACUUUCUAUGAAGGGAAGAUUUUAUGAGAUGAUUCUCCACCUUCUAGUUUGCAGGGGACAGCUGCCUGUCAGUUGAAUAACUAGAAAAGCUGUUUCUAUGUAUUUGCCCAUUCUUUCACAAUGUUACAGAUGUUAUUCUAGAUUUGUUUUGUCUCUCACUAUUAGACCACUUUGUUUGCAGGAGGGGCUCUAUGGGCCCUUCCACUGUUGGAUGGUGCAUUGAGUAGAAAAAAUAAAUCAGCAUCUAAGAAAUUA